AUGGGUGACAUCCAAACCCCACGGGGAAGCGUGGGGAAGAUCGGACAAUUGCCGAGGACGGGCAAUCGAGGCUAUAUCAUCACUCGUCAUUUUCACCUGCUCCCUCUCUUUGCCUCGACCGAAGAGUCUCGACCGGAUCACCUGCUCGUGUUUGUCUGCCAGGUCGUCACGAUGGGUUUCUCAGAUGCCAUGAAAAGUCGGAGCGACAGCUCUGCCCAACAACAAACCCCACAAACCCCUCCGGACUCCUCGCCCGCACCUGACCCCGACAUCAAAGACGGAGGCAUAGAUGCGAUACAUCACGAGGAUGCCGUCGUCGCCCCCGCGGCAUCGAAGAAAUGGAAGUGGCUCAGCUCGUCCGCCGCCGCGGACACGGCCGCGACGCUGUUUGACGACGGGUCUGCCGAGCCCUACGGCAAGAGCGACGAGAAGCGCCUCGUCCGCAAGAUUGAUUUCAUGAUCAUCCCGUACCUCGCCGUGUGCUACGCCUUCUUCUACAUCGACAAGACGACCCUCUCGUACGCGGCCAUCUUCGGCAUUCGCGAGGACCUGAACCUCAAGGGCACCGACUACAACUGGCUGUCGUCCGUCUUUUAUUUCGGCUUCCUGGCGUGGGCCCUCCCGACAAACUUCCUCAUGCAGCGGCUCCCACUGGCCAAGUACCUGGGAGCCAACAUCUUCCUGUGGGGUGUUUUGCUUAUGGCACAGGCUGGCGCGCAUAACUUUGCCACACUGGCCGUUCUCCGCGCUCUGUCUGGGGCAGCGGAGGCCUGCGCAGAUCCCAGCUUUAUGCUUAUCACUGCAAUGUGGUAUACCCGACGGCAGCAACCGGUACGCAUCGGACUCUGGUACACGGCAAAUGGCCUAGGCAUAGCCCUGGGCGGCCUUCUUGGCUAUGCGAUAGGGCACAUCCGCGGCGCCCUUCCGAGCUGGAAGUACGAGUUCAUCAUCAUCGGCGCCCUGUGCAGCGGAUGGGGCAUCGUGCUGAUGAUCUUCCUCCCGGACUCGCCCGUCACGGCUCACAUGCUGUCCAAGAGGGAGCGGCGGAUCGCCAUCGAGCGCCUCAGCGAGAACCAGACAGGCGUUGAAAACAAGACCUUCAAGAUGGACCAGGUCGUCGAGACCCUGAAGGACCCGAAGACAUACUUCUUCUUCCUGCUCGCCACGGUUCAAAACCUGCCCAACGGCGGCAUCUCAAACUUCGGCACGCUCAUCAUCAAGGGGUUCGGAUUCAGCACCCUGGGCACCACCCUGCUGCAGAUGCCGUACGGGGCGCUGAUCGGCCUUUCUAUCCUGAGCUGCGUCUACCUCAACGACUACUUCUGCACAAGGCUCCAAAAGAACACGAGGUGCUGGUUUAUCAUACUCUACACGCUGCCCAAUAUUGCUGGCGCUUUUGGGCUGCGGUUCGUGCCCACGGAUCAGCACAUUGCCAGGCUCUGGUGCUACUACCUGACGGGACCGUACAACGCUUCCUUCGUGUUGAUUCUCAGUCUCGUCACCGCCAACACAGGCGGGCACACGAAAAAGGUGCUGACGAACGCCAUCAUGUUCCUUGGCUACUGCGUUGGCAAGACCAUGCUCAGCAUGGAGAACAGGAGGCGGGACAGGAUCUCGGGCAGCCAGGAGCAGCCGGACCUGGACGAGACUGCGUUCAGCGACAUGACGGACAAGCAGAACCCGAACUUCCGAUACGUGUACUGA